AUGGGAGAAUAUAGUUCCUGUGCGCACGAGGCGUACAGGACCGUGGAGACGCAGGCUUCACAUUGCGAGGCCUGCAACCCUGGCAACGCCCUCGUCCGCGAGUUCCUGCUCGAGGUGCGUCGCCACCUGCAGCAGAAGGGCACCCAUGGGCUGGAAAACAUGGCCACGCAGAUAAAGAAGGCGGCUGACAGCUUGCUGACCCACACCUUCCGAGUCUACGACCAGGCCAGCGCGCUCAAGAUCAUCACGUCAGACCUGUUUGGGGAAUACCCGCCGGAGCCGCCCAGUGAGGAGGAGCUGGAGGCGGAGCGGCAGCAGGAGGCGGCCAUCAAGGCGGCGGCGGCGGCGCAGCGGAAGCGCAAGAAGCAGGAGGCGGCGGCGGCCACGGCAGCCAACGGCGCUGGGCCCGCGCCAGCCGGGCUGGCCGCGCCGCCGGUGGUGGCGCGGGCGCCGGUUCCAGGCAUGGCUGCAGGCAUGGGUGCAGCGGCGGCGGGUGCAGCGGCAGCGGGAGACGAGGAGGAGGACGAGGAGCGGCGGGCAAAAGGGAAGCGGGCUAAGAAGCCACCAAAGGAGUACAUCCCCAAGCUGCACAGCGCUCCCUUUGCCUUCCUCAUCUGCAUGCUGCAGGCGCAGAAGGGCCCCGCCAAGCAGCCCCACUUUGGAAAGCAGGAGCUCAUGGACUUGACUGAGGCCAGCGGCCUGUCGGACAAGCCCAUCCACGGCGAUGGCACGGCCGCGCGGGUGCUUGCCGACGGGCGCAAGUUUGAGUUUGACGGGUGGAACAGCUUCCGCAAGACGAUCGUCACAAAGGGCCUGGCCUACGAGUGGAGUAACCCGAAAAAGGUGUCCCUCACACCCCAGGGCUUUGCGCUGGCGGAGCGGCUGUACCGCGACGGCGUGGCGCGUGGCUUACUGCAGCCCAUCCCUGGCAUCCCCACCGCAGGCCCCAUGCUGUUCCAGCAGGAAGCAGAGCUGGCGCCGGCAGCGGCUGCUGCUGCGGCGGGCGUGCCGCAAGGCGUGGCGCCCUCUGCAGCACUGCAGGCUGGCCGCCGCCUCCCCGUGCAGCAGCACCAGGCGCCGCCAGCGGCUGUGGCGCCGACAGAGGCGUGGCCCUGCGUGCCGGAUGCGGCACCGUCACGCCGCCCUGCAGCCGCAGCAGCAGCAGGGUAUGGAGUUGAGCCAGCAGCAGGAGGUUGGGGUGGUGGGGAGGGGAAUGGCAUGGUGGCUGAGAUGGAUAGCGACCUCAGCCUCAGCCUGGCAGAGCGCCUGCAGCGGCAGCAGCACCAGGGGCUCCUCCAUGCCCAGCCACAUCAGCAGCACGAGCAGCUCCAGCAGCCCGCACCUGCAGCGCCAGUGCCGGCUGGCGGCGGGCCGCGUCAGAGCGGCGUGAUUGAGGAAGUCAUUGACCUGCUGAGCGACGAUUCGCCCUCACCUCUGUCCAAGCGCCGCACCGUGGCAGCCGCCAGCCCAGGCCAGGACCAGGCGCAUGCGGGCAUGGGGGCUGCCGCGGCGGCGGCAGCGGCGGCGGCGGUACCGGAUGAGCAGGUGGCGGCGAUGGUGGGCAUGGGAUACUCUGACAGGAAGGCUCGCAGGGCGCUGCGGCAGUCGGUGGGGGAGAUGGGGCUGCCAGACAUUGGCCGCGCUGUGGAGCUGGCAGAGCUGCUGUCGUCUGACGGCGAGGAGGAGGGCUGUGAUGCUGAGCUGGCGGCUGCUGCAGCAGCAGCUCCGCAGCGCACAACGCUCAAGGGCCCCAAGCGAGGCGCACGGGCGGCGGCAGUGGCAGGCGGCAGCGGGGCCGCCGCUCCGCUGCAGCGGGGACAGCCGGCGGAGCCGCCGUUGCAGCCUGCACGAGAGGUCCUGCGGAAUGGCGCCGAGCGGCCUGCUGCCGUGCCGGCAACUGCCGCCGCUGCCGCCGCGGCGCUGCAACGCCAAAGCUCCCAACGCCGCCAGCAGCCGCAGUCUGGUGCGGGGCACGUGCGCAUGGGCAGCCAGCAGCCGGGGGCGCCGGGGGAGGGCAGCCAGCAGCAGCAGGCAGAGCAGGAGGCAGGCGGGAGCGCGGAAUUUGACGUGGAUCGCUUCCUGGCUGGCGUAGACUGCCAGUUGCGAGGCGAGCCCGCCCCAGCCAGCCAGCAAGACAGCGGCCCGCUGGCCCGCGGCGGCAGCGGCCCCGGCGGCGCCGGCGCCGGCGUCCGCCUGCGGCAGCAGGAUGUGCGGCUGCCGCCGCUGCCAGCGGGGCGGCGCUUUGCGGAAGAGUACGAGGUCCUGAUGCUGGUGGAUGGGCGGGAGCAGUACAGGCGGGACGGCGGGCAGGGCAACCGCGCCGCGCUGGAUGCACACAUUGCCACGAUGCGCGCCGCGGGGCUGGCCGUGGAGCAGCGCCAGCUGCCCAUCGGCGACGCGGUCUGGGUGGCGCGCAGCAGGCGCCAGCCGGGCGCCGAGUACGUGCUGGACUACUGCCUGGAGCGCAAGAGCGUGCACGACCUGGCCGCCUCCAUCACCACCACCCGCUACGAGCGGCAGAAGUACCACCUCAAGCGCUGCGGCGUGCGCCACCUAUACUACCUUGUCGAGGGGGACCCAGACACCCUCCGCACCGAGGUGGCGCAGAAGGGGGUGCGCACAGCAUCUGCCAAGAUCGAGGUGGUGGAUGGCUUCACCGUGCUGCGCACCUCAGACCACCACAGCACCUUCCGCCUGUACCAGCGCCUCACCCGCCACAUCCAGGACUGGUACCGCGACCUCACAGGGCCCAGCGCGGCAGGCCAGCUGCCCACCUUCGCGGCGUGGGUGGCGGUGUGCAAGGACAGCGGCGAGGGCACCACCACCCUGCACGACCUGUUUGCAGUGAUGCUGGCGGCGGUGCCCAGCAUGGGGCCCACUGUGGUACAGGGGAUACUGCAGCGAUACCCCACACCGCUGCACCUGUACCGCGCUUACCAGGAGACGGUGGCGGCGGCGGCGAGCCGCGGCGAGGACGGCCACCGCGCAGCUGAGCGCCUGCUGCAGGGCCUCAAGUGCACCGGGGGCAAGGGAGUUGUGGGCCCGGAGCGCUCGGCCUGCGUGUACAGAUGGCUGUUCAAGGAGCGAGUGCGGCGCACUGGGCUGGCGUAG